AUGAUUAGAGGUAUUGAUACCACAUCUAUGCAAGCUCCUCAAAGCCAGUUUAGCAUGGGGGUCGUACCAGAAAUAUGGCAAGUCAUAUACAUGCCUAAUGUAGAAUUAAAUGUUAGUAUUGGAGCACUUACCUCUGGUGCAUCAGAUACAACUGUGUGUGAAUCCGUAGCUGCUGAAACACACAAUACAUUGGACAACCCAGAACCUAACACAAAUAUAGAUGUUUUCGCCGAAUUGGAAAAUGACCCGUUCAGUGCCAGCGAUGAAAGUGAUGAGUAUUUACCCAGUUCUAGUGAUACGACGGACACAGAUUCCGACAAUGAUUGUAUACCAAAAAGACUGAAGAUAAAUACCUUAUCAACUCUUCAACAAAAUGAAAACAACAAGGAAAUCGUUUUUAAUGAUUUAUCUAAAAAGAAACAAAAAGAAUUUAAAAAAGUAGAAACAAAAACAAGAAAGAGAUCUAGUGAUCCAAAUUUAUGGAAAAGAAAUACUGCAAGUAAUGCUAGACAGCUAGGUCAAUCGUACAUAAAUCAAAAAGGAAAAAUAAUACAAUGUAAAAGUGUAAAUGUUGGUUUGCUUUGUAGUCAAAAAUGCAAAAAGAAAUGCAAUGAUAAAAUUCAUUUAGAACAAAGAACAAAAAUAUUUUCUGCCUACUACCAACUGGCAGCUGAAGACAUGAAAAAUAUACAUCUCUUUAAGGGUAUAAGUUUUAAGAAACCAGCAAGGCCAAAAAAAAUGCAGUUUCAUAUCAUGUUGGGCGUUGUGGUGUGGUUGGCGUUAACUUGGAGUUUUGCCGGAGCAGUUAUAAUCAAUGCGGUUUUAGAAUCAGACGAACCAAUAGCCAAUGAUCCAUACACCUUGAAAUGUCACAAGAAACAAUACACCUACAUGGUUACUCAGUCCGAUGAAAACGGUAAACAAUGCUGGGAUAAGAUUUCUGUAACUGCUUGUUGGGGCCGUUGCGAUUCUAAUGAGGUUAAAGUAGAGGAAGCAUUAGCUGCCCUGAAUGAUGACUGUUUUCAUAUAGAAAAUGAUGGAGAGCCAGAUUAUGAAGAAGCUAAUAUGUCAAUAUCAGAUGAGGAUGAAGUAGCAUUAGAAAAAGAAGAAAUUCCUCAAAAGACUAAAAAGUGGAAAAACAAAAAACUAUGUGAAUGA